AUGGAAACAGUGACAGCUUUGCAAACAUCAGAGAAUGUUACUAUGUUUAGUAACGUGACUGGGAUCUCUGCAACACCUGGUCCAUCAACUCUGAAAAUGGUCUUCGACAUUGCCAUCAACGUUAUGUUGAUAACCAUUAUGUUUGGAAUGGGAAGCAUCACCGAAAUAGCGCCCCUUUUGAAACACAUCAAACGACCAUUUGGAAUACUUAUUGGGAUGAUGUCACAGUUUGUUGUCUUGCCAUUGGUUACUUUUGGUCUGGCGCAUGCGUUGACGCUGCCUAAUGUUCCUGCGCUAGGAAUGCUGGUAAUGGGCUGCUGUCCGAGUGGUUCCACGUCCAAUGUGUUCUCGUAUUGGGUGGACGGCGACGUUCCGCUCAGUAUAUCCAUGACUACAGCGUCCACGGUUCUCGCCUUCGGCUUGAUGCCUCUAAACCUGCUGAUCUACAGCGGAAGUUGGACUGAUGACAACCUUGUUAUACCAUAUAUCAACUUACUUACCGCUUUCGCAAUGACCAUCACACCUGUCCUUCUUGGAAUUUUACUCCGUUGGAAGUUCCCCAAAAUUGCCAUGGUUGUUGUUAAGAUCGGUAGUAUAGCAGGUGCGCUGUCCGUCAUCCUUAAUCUGACGUUGCUCAGUUUGCUGUACCCCUUCAUGUACAACGCCUCUUGGAAAAUCUACCUCGGUGCAUUCCUUCUUCCCUUCAUUGGGUUUCUGUUUGGUUAUGUUGUGGCCUCCAUAUUUAGAAUGGAACACUUCCAAAGGAGAACGGUGGCGCUGGAAACGGGGAUUCAGAACUUCCCCCUUUGUAUGACGUUACUGACACUGUCGUUUACCAAGAGCAGGUUCGCCGAGAUUUCACUGUUUCCCUUACUAUAUGGGGUGACAUGUCUUUUGGCCAGUGUGGUGUUUGCAGUGGUAUAUAGAGUGGUGAACGUCAUCAAAGGGAAAGUUCAGAAACAAGAAGUUAUGGAAAACUGCAAUGGGGAAAAUAUACAAGAGAAAAUAGAAACCGAAAACUCAGUUUGUCGAUCAAUUAGAUUUUGA